CGAUCCUGUUUGUAGCCAAAUCGGCACUUAAACGGUGCAGUGAAUGAGUGUCUUCAGACUUGUUUGAUCAUUUAAAAAUGAAACAACUACCUUAAAUGUUAUUGUGCAGAAGGAACAGACGUUGACGCUGUUAUAUGUGGGAUUUUAAUUAACCUGGACGCAUGAGAACAGAGCUGCUGACUCUGAGCUGACAGGACUGAUACUGAAUCAGAUGUCAUUUUGUCCUUGAGCGUGAAGAUGGACAUCACUUACAAUAAGCUGGUGGACGGGGAGUGGAGGAGACAAGACGACAGAAAAGCACACCUGUAUUCCAGGUGUGUGGUAGCUCUGGCCACUGUAGCCACUGUGCUGCUGGCUGCCAUGGCCGUCUAUAACCUCCUGACUCCGAGGGUUUCAUCCUCCCACACCGCCCCGAGCAGCAGCAUCCGUCUGCCCCAGGCCGAGUCCUGCUACGACCCCUGCGAGAUUGUUCUGGUGGAGAGCAUCCCUGAGGGGCUGGAGUUUAAUUCCAGCACCACUCACCCCUCCAUCUUCCAGGCUUGGCUCAAUCUGGUGAGCGAGGCUCGCAGCAGUGUCGACAUAGCCUCCUUCUAUUGGACACUCACCAACAAGGACACCGGCACUCAUGAGCCAACAGCCAAUCAGGGUGAAACCAUUCUGAAGAAACUAGCUGAGCUUUCAGGGAAGUUGUCUGUUCGGAUCGCAGUCAACAGACCACAGGAGAGUCAGCCGCAGGACGACCUCAGGCUGCUCAACGAUUCAGGGGCUGACAUCAGGACAGUUAACAUGAGAGACCUCACCUCAGGCGUCCUUCACACCAAGUUCUGGGUGGUGGACAAGAAGCACAUUUACAUUGGCAGUGCCAACAUGGACUGGAGGUCCCUCACGCAGGUGAAGGAGCUGGGCGUGGUGGUCUACAACUGCAGCUGUUUGGCUGCAGACCUGGGUAAGAUCUUUGAGGCCUAUUGGUUCCUGGGAGAGAGUCAGAAGAUCCCAUCACCCUGGCCCUCCAGCUUCUCCACACUCUACAACAAGGACACACCUCUCCAGCUGCCACUCAACAACACGCCGUCCAACGUUUAUCUGUCGAGUUCCCCUCCGUCCUUCUGUGCAGCCGGCAGGACCCCAGACAUUCAGUCCAUCCUCAGUGUGAUGGAGGAUGCCCAGAGCUUCAUCUACAUUGCUGUCAUGAACUACCUGCCCACCAUGGAGUUUUCACACCCUAAAAGGUACUGGGCAGACAUCGACACCCAGCUGAGGAGAGUGGCAUACGAGAGGCGGGUCAAGGUGCGCCUGCUGAUCAGCUGCUGGGCCAGCACCCAGCCAGUCAUGUUUCCCUUCCUGAAGUCUCUGGCCUCAGUUUACGACCCCAUGAACAAACUAGACAUCCAGGUGAGGCUGUUUGUGGUGCCUGCCAACCCCAAGCAGAAGGAGAUUCCCUUCGCCAGAGUCAACCACAACAAGUACAUGGUGACUGACAAGAUAGCUUACAUAGGUACAUCUAAUUGGUCAGGUGACUACUUUGUGAACACAGCUGGCUCAGCGUUGGUUGUCAACCAGACUGCAUCACGGUCCUCGGACCCGACCGUCCAAUCACAGCUGAAGGCUGUGUUUGAGAGGGACUGGAGCUCUGACUACAGCACCCCUGUCACCCAAAACUCAAACCUCAAAGACUUCUGUUAGUUUCAACAGCCACUUUUACAAACACACCAUUUCAGCACCGCAGAUAUUACAGUGUUAUAGUUGCACAUUUAUUUUAGUUUUCAAAGUCUCAUGCACUUUCUCAGGUACCCUAUUUGGAAGAGAGUCAACUUCAAUAAACUUGACUUAUCACAGCUUUAGUGCCAAACUCCAAUUUGACAGUAAUGUGCCAUCAAACCACUUAACUGUCAAGGGUUGUACAUGGGUGCCUGGUGUAUUUUUUUUUUUUUUUGGUAAGAGGCAACAAUGUCUUUGCAUUUCUUUGCUCUUCCUAUCAAAGCUACAUGUGUGCAUAAAAAGCCAAAUAACAUUAUUUUUACCCUGCUGGAACAUCAGAUCUAGGUCUUCAGUCAGAAUGUACUGCGACUUGUUACCAGCAUUGACAAACAGUGAACAGACAAUGUUACCUUUACAAAAAACUCCAACAGAUACUGUAGAGUAACAAAAGCCUGAGACCACUUUCCCACUCCGGAGGAAGUGGUCUCAGGCUUUAAACCUCUUAAUAGUUUAAUGGCGUGGUUUGUGUCACAUCGUGCUGGUAGCACUAGGGUGCGCUGUUUGAACGCUUCAUUCAGAUUCUUUCCAUACUCAUUUAUGUUAAGUGAUCUUUUAAUUGAUCACUCUCGUAUUAAAGAUCAAUCACGAUGCUUUUCUUUUAUACAACUUCAGCCUCUAUGGGAGUUUUUUUUUUUUUUUCAUCCCAACUCAUCUCAGGGAGUAAAGAUUCUGUGUUUUCUUAAUUUGCUGGAAUCUGGAAUAAUCAAUUCAUGCUCAGACUGGCGUGCUGUGCCUGUGCUGUUUUUAAAAUUCACUCUCAGUCUUCAUGACUGUUUUAAAAUAAACUUAUGAAACUUAUGAAUGACUGGAAGUUUGCAGCAGCAGUAGAUGAAAAACAAAUUUAAUUUCCACUGUGUGGAGUGAUUGAAACUACUAAUUAGUGGAGAGAUGGUUGUUAUGGCAACUGUCCAAGGAAGCGUGUUUACUAGCUGCAGCGUGUUUAUAAAAACGCUGUGGAGCAAUUAUUAUGUACAUCUCAUUAUCUCCUAACUCCUUUUAAAGCAAUGAUUCUCAAUAAAUGAUUUUGAUUCAGGCAAA